CUAAGACUCUCGCAGCUUGGUGGAUUGGUAAGGUUUGAUUAGAGCAGUCAAAACUCUGGGACUUGCUACCAACAUUGAGAAUCAGUCAUUCAGAAAUCAGCUGGCUCAUACCACGUUGCAAACAUUUAAAAAAUUGGGCGUUAAAUUGCUGCGGUUGAUUUAGACGUGACGGUGCACGGGCUGUGUAGAUUCGUGUUGUCAGUUCAAAUCCUUAUGAAAUUAGUUCUAGUUGUUAUUACCCGAUUGUCUUAGUCUCACCAUUUACUCUGUUGCUAGUUACUGCAGAUCUAUUUCAUCUGAUGUAGGUGCAUCUUAUGUCUUUAUUUAGUCGUCGUCUCAUUAUCUUGUUGUCAUCCAGUUUCCCGUGCACACGCAGCUCUAUACUCUCCCGUGGAAAUCCUGAUAAUUCUGUCCUGGGAAGUUGUUCGCGAUUGCUUUGUAACUAGCGCAAACGCUCGAAUAAACUUUAUACAGUCGUAAUGACCUGCGUGGUUAGUUCUGAAUGAUCACCUGUUUGCUUAUCUUGUGCUUUCAUUUGUUACCGCUCUCAAUUUUCAGGCCAAAUUUUACGACGAUGUGAUUGAGGAUGUUAUAAGUGGUGUUAAAGAUGAGUUUGUAGAGGAUGGUGGUGAUAUCCAGAUACUUGAAGAACUCAAAAAGGUUUCACAUGUUUCACGGCUCACUAUUAUUUAGUUAUGGAAGUCAAAACUUGCUGAGACCCACGUCUUUAGCCCAGAGCCUGUUGGCGGAAGUGCUGCACAAUAUUUGAACCUUCUGCAACGUUCUCAAGUUCAGAUCCAUCCAAAUGUCGUCAGUUCUGGAAAUUCCUCCGUAGGUUUACCAAUGAGGCAGUUGAAUACAAUCAUCCGAACUGGGUCAGAUCAGACAACAGCAAGCAUGGCGCUCCCUGGUACGCUUUCAGGUUUGCGACUACCUGCAGCACGGGCUUCUGUCUCAGUCCCCACUCAAAUGCGAUCUCGUGAGCCAGUACAGGCUACUCCGUGUUUGGCCUCAGUUAUACUUCCAGCUCAGUCGCAAACACAAAAGCAACCUCAAACAACCAGCGUUCUUCCCGCUGUGCUUACUUCCAAUCCAAGUGGAGCUCAAUCAAGACCUACUGCAACUACUAACGUUCAACAAGUUACAACACCCCAGCUCGCCACACUGCCUUCAGGUCUUACAGGACAUCUUGUACAAAUCGGCCAACAGACUUAUCUCGUCCCUCAGCCGUUAACAGCAGUCCGUCAACCUGGUGUUCAUCUGGCUGUUCCUCAGUAUAUAGGUAACCCAAGUGUGGCAACCAACAAUUCCAUGGCUUCUGAUUCCAAACCUUUUACUAUUUCAGACAUUGGGCAGUUUAAACAAACACAGGUCGAUGGUGUCCAUGAUAGCGAUGAUGAAAAGUUCUGUGAUACUCCUGUAUCACAAUCGAUGAGUGUACAUGGGCGUCGAAAGAAUCAAAAUAGUGGACAGCAUAAUUAUAAUGAUAGUGUUGCAUCCCAUGCCCAUCAUGGUUCAGAUCUAGAAGAUGAUGAUGACGAUGAUGAUGACUUAGUCCCUGCUACUCCUGGUUUCACACCACACUCGUCUGUUUUAUCUCACUACAACACUAGUCGUUAUGUGAUGGAUACUCCAAGAGAUAUGGGUGGGGGCACACCUCUUGUAAGUGCCCCACCCACUCCUAUGACCCCACCUUCCGUAUCAGUCCCAGAAAGUCACUUACGCCCUGGACAACAGUCUUUAGCUACUCAUUCACUUCACACUGCACAAACACCCGCCUCCAAACGUCGACGACUUUCACCAUACCACGGGAAGAAUACAGAUACAGAUGAAUCUGAGGGUUGUGAUGAUGGCGAAGAUCCAGACAUAGUAACUACUAGCACUACACCGGCCAACCCAAACGAACUAUCCAUAGAAAACUACGAAAAUACUGUUGAUCCUAAGCGAAAAUUGGAUCAAGUGAAGCAAAAACUUAAACAGCGUCCACAACAAGAUAGGAAUCCAGUCAGUCCUAAGAACAAUCGUAUAACAAAACAGUUUUCAUCCCCAACUGAAUCAGAGCUCGGUGUUCCAGAUCAGAUGGAAUUCCUUGAAGGAGAUCCUCUAAAAGCAGAAGAGGAAGGAGAAGAAGAUGAGGAAGAAGAACCUUUGAAUUCAGAGGAUGAUGUGAGUGAUGAAGAACCUGAAGUGCUGUUCGAAUCGGAUAAUGUUGUUGUUUGUCAGUAUGAUAAGAUUCAUCGAGCUCGAAAUAAAUGGCGUUUUCAUCUGAAGGACGGGAUAAUGUCCAUAAAUGGUCGGGAUCAUAUUUUCCAAAAGGCUGUCGGUGAGGCUGAAUGGUAGUUUAAAUGGAAUGUAUUUAGUUAUUAGUUUCUUCAUAUCAAAGGAUAUCGUCGAAAGAUGAAUUUGGCUACUGUUCCCUCUAUUUUCCGAUGCCAUCAUGUUUAGUCACUUGUAUUAAUUGAUGCAAAUGUAAAACUUUGUGAAUGACUAUAGUCGCAAUUGUUGUAUGCCUCUUUUAACCAACUUUGCAUUCUGUAAAGAAAAAAGAUAACCAUAACCAAUUUCACUUCUUUGCAGUCAUAGUAAGGUACUUUUAUAGUCGUUUGUAAAAUAGAGAAUAAAUUGAAAACACUAAAAAAAACUAAACCACCACACAAAAUUGAUGAAUUGCACGAUAGAGAUAAAUUGUAGGAUUUGACACCAGUAUUCCUCAGUUAUUCGAUCUUAAUUAUGGUUUAAAAGUUCUUACCUUUAUUCUUUCUUCACUCAUCCUAUGUGUUCACGUUUCAUACUAUAGAAAAGCCUAUAUUUAUUGUGCAUAUAUUGUUCAUUACUUUAUCACAUCCAGUUUUAUUGUGAUUAUCUUUUUGUUUGUGUAUUUUUUAAAGAAAAAAAACAUUUUAUUACUGUCUUCCUAACUAAAUCGUUGAUAAUAAUAGCAGUGAUUAUGGUCUUUAGUUAUAUAUAUGUAUAUAUAUUACUGUAUCUAACACACUUGUGACAACAUAGUUACACCUACUGGAAAAGUUUUAUUCAUCGUAUCUGUUUUCACUAACAUUUAGUCAGUAAAUUUGUACUAGUUAUUAAUAACUUGACAAUCAGUGA